AUGGCACAUCCCUCACAACUAGGAUUCCAAGACGCGGCCUCACCUGUUAUAGAAGAACUUCUGCACCUACACGACCACGCCUUAAUAAUCGUUUUCCUAAUUAGCACUUUAGUCCUAUAUAUUAUUGUAGUAAUAGUUACAACCAAACUUACUAACAAAUACAUCUUAGACUCACAAGAAAUUGAAAUCGUCUGAACCAUCCUCCCAGCAGUAAUUCUUAUCAUAAUUGCCCUUCCAUCCCUACGAAUUCUCUACCUCAUAGAUGAAGUAAAUGAUCCCCAUCUAACGGUAAAAGCCAUGGGCCACCAAUGAUAUUGAAGCUACGAAUAUACUGACUAUGAAAACCUAGCAUUCGACUCAUACAUAAUCCCAACACAAGACCUUGCACCAGGACAAUUCCGACUACUUGAAACAGACCAUCGAAUGGUAGUACCUAUAGAAUCACCAAUUCGAGUACUAGUAUCUGCAGAAGACGUCCUACACUCCUGAGCCGUCCCAGCACUGGGUGUAAAAAUAGACGCCAUCCCAGGACGAUUAAACCAAACAUCCUUCAUUACAUCACGCCCAGGUGUAUUCUACGGACAAUGCUCUGAAAUCUGCGGAGCCAACCACAGCUUUAUACCUAUCGUAGUAGAAGCCGUUCCUCUAGAACACUUUGAGAACUGAUCCUCCCUUAUGCUUGAAGACGCCU